AUGACAAAUUGGUUAUCUCGAGAAAUUAAACAUCUUUUACCAACAUUUGAUUUACAUGCUGUUCGUACUGUUCUUGUAACAUUUGAUCCAUGGCGACUUGAUUCACGAGCAACCAGAGAUUUUUUACAUAUUAUUACGGAUGAUUCUGUUGCUAAAUAUUAUCCAAAAAUGUUUGUUAAACCAACAAUUAAAUCAGAUUUGUCUGAACCAAUUAUUACAGUAGAAUUUAUUGAUUCAUCAAAAGCAAUUUUUAAAGCAUCAAAACUAACAACAUUGGAUAUAUUCACGAAACUUAAACCAUUAUGUAUUUCAAAAGCACCACCUCCUUAA